UCUCCUGUAAGGCGAUAGCUGUUCCGCCAUUCUGUCUCCUUUGCUUUUGCCAUCGGUUCAUCGUGGACCUUCCUCUCUCACACACACUCUCUCUCUUUUAUAUCUCCAUCCAAACUUGAAGCUGAGGCUAAAGAUAGGCCGGCCUCCUUCCUAUAUAAGCUCCUGGGAAUAUACGAAUACGCGGCUUCACACUAUCAUUUCUUUCUUGAUCAUCCAAACCUCCACUCAGAGAUGGCACCAAAGAAGGCCAAGAGGAGGGCAGCCGCAGGAGACGGCGGCUCCUCCAACGUGUUCUCCAUGUUUGAGCAGAGCCAGAUUCAGGAGUACAAAGAGGCUUUCACAAUAAUUGACCAGAACAGAGAUGGCAUCAUCAGCAAAGACGACCUGAGGGACGUGCUGGCCUCCAUGGGUCAACUGAAUGUGAAGAAUGAGGAGCUGGAGGCCAUGAUCAAGGAAGCCAGUGGUCCCAUCAACUUCACCGUCUUCCUCACCAUGUUUGGAGAGAAGCUGAAGGGUGCUGACCCCGAAGAUGUCAUUCUCGCUGCCUUCAAAGUCCUGGACCCAGAGGGUACUGGAACCAUCAAGAAGGAAUUCCUGCAGGAGCUCCUGACCACUCAGUGCGACAGGUUCACCCCUGAAGAUGUGAAGAACAUGUGGGCCGCCUUCCCCCCAGAUGUGGCUGGCAACGUAGACUACAAGAACAUCUGCUACGUCAUCACACACGGAGAGGAGAAGGAGGAGUAAAGAGAAAGACGGACGACAGGAAAGACAGCUAUCCCUCUGCUUUCUGCCCUCCCUUUUUCUAUCCUCUUCUUCCUUCCUGCUCACCUUCUGUGUACACCCAUGAGCUCAGCCUCUCACGUUAAACCAAAGACUUGUCACGCCAACGCUCGAGACGGUUGACGCCCAUGAGGAGUCUAUGUUUGCUUAUGGGGAAUAGGGAUGGUUUUUCAAUAAAAUUAUCCUGUAACAUCAUUUCCAACUUCAACCUUUACUCACAACCUCUCUCCCCUUCUUUUUCAUCCUCGUCUGCUGCAUCACUUUAGCCUGUGAGGUGUUUGUGAUGGAAACGUGUUCUUUCGCUUUCCUCUGUACGCGAGAGUGAAACGGGGCUCGCCAACUUGCGAGGACCUCAUUCUAAAGUCUGAAGGCGCCCUCUUGGGUACAAGCGGUGAGAGGAGUGAGAGUACUGUCCGAAAAAAGUUGCAUCCUUAAAGUGAUGACAGCUGUCCUUCCUAGAAAAGUGAAAACAAGAGGCUGAAGGAAUGGAGAGAAACGGGACGAAAGAAAACAUUAAGUCUUCGAUUUCUUUCCCUCCACUCCUUCCUGCUUUCAAUAAAUCACCUUUUUUCCAUAAGCUGUCUCAAAUUCAGUGACUUAACCUUCAAUGCCUUUCCUCUGUAAUGAAUAAAAGGGACAAAAUGUGAAUAAAACCACUUUCCUUUUUGUA